UUUGUCACAUCUAGGAUAAUAAUGGAGGAACUAACAGCGCGGUGCAGUGGCCAAAAACAAGAAAUAAUCGUACAAAAUUAGCGAUAAUAAGUGUUUUAACCACCACAGAAACAGAUUUUGAUUAGUCGAACAUAAAACAGUUUGUAAAUAUGUUGAAUAAGAAGCAAAAAAUAAUCGCUAGCUCCUAGCUAACGGUAACGUCUUAUUAAAACUAAGCGUUCUGUGGAGAUAUAAACAUAGUUUUUGUCUGAGGUAAAGUCUGAGAAGGUUUAAACAUGUUUACGGAUGAAACGCUUGACUUAGUUGGUGCCGAAUCGACAUGGAGAAAGUCACAUCAGCAAACACAAGAAUCAAGAAGCUGUCAAACUCGUCCAGUUCACACAGCAGAGGCGGAAACACAAGCCACAGAUGUGUUAGACAACAGCACCCAGACACAAGACCAUAUCAGUCAAACACUCUCCCUAGAUCAAGACAUAUCUAGCUUUCCUGGUUUGCUGGACUUCUUGCAUAAAGUUGAAGACGUAGUUAUCAAAGAGCUGGUGAAAAACUCCAAGAGUCAUGCUUUUGAUGGGUUUGAAGUGAACUGGGAGGAUCAGAAUGAGUCGGUGUCCUGCUUGUACCGUCUUCAGCAUGUUGAUGCUAAGGAAAGGGGUCUGCAAGUCAUGGCCGUGUCCUGGAACUGUACCGGCUCGGUUAUAGGCUGUGGAUUUGGCCGUGUGGACGAUGGUGAUUGGAGCAAUGAGAAGGCUUAUGUGUGCACGUGGAACCUGGAUCGUCAGAACCUGAACCCAAAGAGGCCGGAUUUGGUUAUAGAUGUGGCUACUCCAGUUAUGUGUCUGUGCUUCCAUCCCGUGAGACCGUCUAUAGUUGCUGGGGGGCUGUACAGUGGUGAGGUUGUGGUCUGGGACACCAGUCGCUCACAGGACCUCAUUCUGGCUCAGACGGGAAUGUCUGCAGAUACCCACCGUGAACCAGUUUAUCAGGUCACCUGGGUCCCAGGAGCUCGCAGAGGGGAGUUUAUUGUACUGAGCGCUGGUUCAGGAGGAAGAGUUCUGUUGUGGACUGUUGAUGGAGCCGAAGCCAAACUCAUCUUGAGUUCAGGAUAUGCCCUUGUUCAACAGCAAAUACCUCAGAGUGGAGCAGCAAGCAAGACCCGAGGUAGCACCUCUAUCGGAGUUACCUCUAUUGCACUUUCCCCGUGGGACCUGGACACAUUCUUGGUGGGCUCAGAAGGAGGCCUUGUGCUCAAAUGCUCCUUCAGCAGUGAGACCGUAGCAGCUGUGCCCCCUGAUGGUGAAAGCGUGACUCUGCGGGCACCCAUGCAAUUCUCUUUCUCACCACGAGGGGGCCCUGUACACUCAGUCCACUUCUCACCAUUCCAUAGGAAUCUGUUUGUAAGUGUCGGGACAGAUGGUUUGGCUCAUCUGCACACUGUGCUCCAGCCCCGUCCCUUAUUGUCUCUACGGGUGUCCGAUUCAUAUGCGUUUGGAGUGAGGUGGUCACCUACACGCCCUCUAGUCUUUGCUGCAGCCACAGGACAAGGACUGGUGCAGAUGUUUGAUUUGGGUCGAAAGUCUUUAAGGCCAGCUGCCACAAUUGACCAGAACACAAGUGGUCAACCAACGUAUUGCCUGGAGUUCAACCCCAAACACACAAAUCUGAUGGCAGUGGGCAGUGCAGAUGGAAGCAUCAACAUCUGGCAGCUCAGUGCAGAGUUAACGGAACAAGGUUCCAAGGAGACGGCAAUGCUAGAACAGCUGGCCAACGAGGUGGCGGACUGAGUCUGAGCUUUGGCAUUUGAAAGGUUUGGGUGUUCUUAAAAACAUUUACAGUUGAGGUCAAAAGUUUACACACUUUGCAGAAUCUGAAAAAAUAAGAGGGAUCAUACAAAAUACAUGGUAUUUUUUUUAUUAAGUACU